CGUUUCACGCUCACCUACUAGUUACCAGUAGUGCCUUCUGACAUUCUGAGCUUGGUCAUCCGAGCAGAUUCUUGACUGUAUAAAGGGGCGUGUGUUAGUUCUGCUACUCGCAAUAUACCGUUCUAUCAUCCAAAGAACAUUAAGUUUCAGAACCCUCACACUGCACGUCAAAGAGCGUUGUUCAUUUCUGUCGCCUAUCCUCUCCAUUCUCUUGUCAAACGCGUCCGCCACAAUAUCAAAAGCACUCGGAUCCUUCGUUGGCAAGGCCAAAGUUAUCAAGAACGCACCGUCCAAGUUCACCAGCUCAGUUGUGGAGGGCAGCCGAAUCAUCCCCUUCCAGAAACAAGGAUGCUGAGAUGCAAUUUCGCAUUGACGCUGGUCAUUACGACGAGAGUACAAAGAAAUUGAACGUUGUCUUGCAGGUCAAUUCACAGGCAAAGAGUCCUGCGCUCAAGGACUGGAUAAAGAAAAACUCAACUCAUGGAAAACUCGCGACUGCAUCGUAUGAUACUUCCGCGGCCGACCAACGGGCAGAUGGGCGCUGGCUUCGCAAUGACGAUGAGGAGCGAGCCUCUCGCUACAUUCAAUUCGAUUUUGAUGCCCUCCGUCGCAAAGUCCUUACUCUGUCGCCAGGAGCAAGUACUAUCACGCAAUGUCAAAAAUUGGAAGGUGGUUUCAACCGGGUCUUUAUUUUCGAACUGGACAAUGACAAACGAGUGGUCGCAAGACUUCCGUUUUCGCUGGCUGGUCCGGCACAGCUGACUACCAGUUCUGAGAUCGCAACGAUCGAAUAUCUGCAAGCCAAUACUACCGUUCCUAUACCCAAGAUACUCGACUGGAGCAACGAUGCCACGAGCAUCGAUAAUCCCAUUGGCAGCGAAUACAUCAUCAUGGAGCAUGCAACUGGUGUUCAGCUGCACAAGAAGUGGCAUAAAAUGGACGAUAAAAAACGUAUCAAGUGUAUAGACGCAAUCUACCGGAAGCUUAAAGAAGUAGUUAACCUACAGUUUCCGUGCUUUGGGGGUCUGUAUUCUUUACACAGUCCCGUAAGCCCCGACAACAAACGUGUGCUUGACGGAGAAUUCUGUAUUGGACCACAUUGUGGAACCAGAUACUGGAACUGUGACGUUGGAAGAGGCCAAGCUUCACAAGAUACAAAACCCAACCGGGGGCCCUGGAAUGACCUUUAUGAAUACUGCGAUGGCCUUAUUGAUGCUGGUCUAUCGAGGCUUCCGGCUGUGGACUCGGAAACGAAACGACGACCGAUGUAUCAUGGCUCAGUCGAAACACACAAGAUGCUUCUAGCUCAGACGCGAGACCUGAUGAGAUGCAUGUCUCAGGAUUCCCGGAUAAAGGACUGUGCGACACCAGUAUUGUUUCACCCAGACCUUCACAAGAGGAACAUAUUUGUCUCAGAGGAUGAUCCUUCUGAAAUAACGGCUAUCAUUGACUGGCAGGCCGCUAGCAUUGAGCCGGCGUUUUGGUAUGCGGAUGAGAUUCCCGACUUUGCAACGGAGAAUGAGGUCUGCACCAGAGCAUUUGAUGUCUGCACCCAAUUCCUUAUACCCACGCUCUCAAAGCCGAGAUUGAUGGACCAAAAUCUAUUCCGACCAUUUCGCUACAGCUACAGGACGUGGAAGGAUGGAGCUGCGGCACUACACCACGACCUGAUUGACACAUCUCAAAACUGGGAAAAGCUAGGCUUUGCAGGACCAUGUCCUUACGCAGUCCCUCCACCGUAUGAAGUGGCAGAUCAUCAGAAGAAGUAUAGACUUUUUGAAGCAGCGCAUAAUCUGCGUUAUGAUCUGGCAGGCUUGCUCAACACAUCCACUGAUGGCUGGGUACCAACGGGUGACUGGGAGGCGGCGCAGACAGCGCAUCAUGAGAUGUUUGAUGGAAUGUUGCAGGCCGUAUUGACUAAUCCUGAAAUCGCCGAUCCAGAUGAGCCUGUGAAGGAUGAAGAGACACUGAGAUCCAUAUGGCCUUUUGAUAUCUAAGGUUCCACUUCAGUCUGUUUGUCUGGACAAUGGAGUCAUCCCAUAAUACCCAUCACCUCGCGAAACUAUUGAGCACCUAUGUCACGGGGCUAAGGAAUAGGGGCUUGAGAUGAUAAAUCAGAACUCCCAAAGAUGGUUUAGAUUCCGCAGUGACAGAAUGAGAACCUUCACAGUCACCGGUGGAAGUAGCACCUACCAUGAACUCAAAUUACAACUUAUAUGACAAAAUUGAUCUCGCCUCCUGGGGGCGAGCAGCCCAAGUGGU